AUGCAUUCUUCGAAGAAGCAGCCGCCGCCGGCGCUGCUAUUCCCCUUUGGCCCCGGCGGCCACGACAGCGUCCGAGCGUCAUACCUGUCCAUGGCCUCAUCGAGGUACUCGCAGAACCACGAGGCCAACAACAGCACGGCAGCGCAGCCGGCGCUAAAGGACUGCAACGCCGCGCCGCUGCGCAUGGUCACGCCAAACCGCACCAUCACGAGCUGCGUCCCCGAAAUCUUCGAGUUCGACGACAGUGCCGACGACUACGCACACGACAGCUACUAUGAUGCCGAUCCCCACCACCGCAGCGAAUACGGCCACUUCGACUUCAAGCACGACGUCCGCCCGCCGAGCCCGACCCUCCAACGCCGCGCAAGCCAAGCGCCCUACCCACCAAGCCACAGCCCCAAGCACGCCGUGCACAUACAAAUACAAGAACGCAGCAACAGCCCCACGCCGCUCCUCGACAAGCCGCCCACCUACGCCACGUACGCGCCGCAACCCCCCCGCAGCAAGCGCAAGAUCUCGCUGCUAGUGAUCCUCCUCAGCAGCGUGUCGGUGCUGCUGCUGAGCGAAGAAAUCGUCCUCGGCGCGCUCUGGUCACUAGUCCUAACGAAGCAAGAGGCAUGGCAGAACGCGUUCCUGAGCGCGUACUUUGAGAGCAAGAUCCCGAAUGCGGUUGGGGCGGCGGUGGCGGGCGCGCUCAUGCUCGCGCUGCAGGCGGUUAUGCAUCGCCAGCUUGUGGAGAGCAGGGCUGCGCUGAUGCUGUGGAGUUUUGUGGUUGUGUUUGUGACGUUUUUGGGGUGCUGUGUUGCGUUUGGCGUGGCGCAUCGGUGA